AUGGAAAAGAGUUGGAGUGAGGAGGCACAUUUGGAGAUGAUGCGCAAGGCAAACAUUACAAAGUCCAUCCUUAGCAUUACUUCUCCAGGUACGCACCUUGUUCCUGGAGAUGACGCUCUAGCACGCAAUAUCGCAAGGCAGUGCAACGAAUUCGCAGCCGAUCUCAAACGUCGGCAUCCGGACAAGUUUGGCUUUUGGGCAUCGCUACCUCUUCCCGACGUCGACGGUAGCCUUGUUGAAAUAGACUACGCACUCAACGUGCUGAACGCAGACGGCGUGACCAUUUUAACCAAUGCCCACGGAGUGUACCUUGGCAACACUGUCCUCAAACCGAUCUUUGAAGCUUUGAAUAAGAGGAACGCCACCAUCUUCAUUCACCCAACCAGCCCCUGCAUCCAGCACGGCGGCGUGAGCCAGCCAGUCGCUCCCUUGACUCGGUACCCAAACCCAAUAUUCGAGUUCUUCUUUGAUACCGCACGGACCGUCGUAGAUAUGUUUGUCUCAGGAACCAUUGACAGGUCGCCCAAUGUCACAAUCAUUCUAUCCCAUGCCGGCGGUGCUAUCACGCCGCUCGUGGCUCGCUUCACUCAAUUUGCCACAUCGAUAUUGGGACUUCCCAUCCAGAUAAGCACCGAGUCUGUCAGAAAAGCGUUCCAGACGCAAUUUUUCUUCGACCUCGCGGGCUUCGUAUUUCCGGACCAAAUUCACGGUCUGCUGCCAUAUGUUAACGCAAGUCGUAUCCUUUACGGCAGCGAUUACCCCUACACUCCUGAAUCUGGGGUUUUGGGUGUAGCCGAGAAUAUGAACCAAGAGUUGCCUCAAGUGUUCAAGGACCUUUGUUCCCAAAAGGCGAUAUACAGAGACAAUGCAAUGAAUCUUUUGAGAGCUUAA